AUGAUCAAGGAGGGCAAGUACACCAGCCAUGUCAUCGGAAAUCUCAAGGCUUUCAGCUCCAACGAGUUGGCAUUCCUGUCCAUGCUCUUCUUUGGUGUCGGCCUUUACGGCAACCUCCAGUUCGACUACUAUGACCCCCAGUGGGCCAAGGUCGACGCAGGAGGCUUCUUCAACGUAUCCUACAUCGUGGAGUCCUUCUUGCUUCCCAUCUCCUUCUUCAUGCAUAUU